AUCUGCUGUUCGAGGGAGACCAUGUCCUGCUCCGACCUGAUGAUGUGUACUUGCCUACUGCUGCUAGUGUAUCUACUCCUUGGAGUAGAUGGAUAUUGCCAGUACAGAUGGCGGCGAUGCUACUCCAAAUCGAUAGAUUUGACUGACAUGGUUUAUGUAGAGUCAUACUUUUACAAUAAAAUGGAAUUCUUAGUGUUCAACAGCACUGUUGGUUGGUAUGUGGGCUAUUCAGGUCUUGGCAUGCGUUUAGCAAAUCAGAAGAAUCAAGAUAAAUUCCUCCUGCCAUUUCAGCGCGGCGCUGUUGACAGACUCUGCAAACAAGUCAAUGCUCAGGUCUACAAAAGCUAUGGAAGUCAAAUAAAAGUUGAGCCCAAAGUGAAGCUGAGUUUGGACCGGCCUUCCAGUGACCAUCACCCUGGCAUGCUGGUGUGCAGUGCGUAUAACUUCUACCCAAAGAUGAUCCACGUGAACUGGUACAGAGAUGGUCGGAAGGUGACCAACCAUGUCUCGGCCACAGAGGAACUGGGGGAUGGAGACUGGUUCUAUCAGAUCCACUCCCACCUGGAGUUCACCCCCAAACCUGGAGAGAAGAUCACCUGCGUGGUGGAGCAUGCUAGCUUCAAGGAGCCCAGAGAGUUUGUCUGGGAGCCCUCCAUGGACGAGGCGGAGAGGAACAAGAUGGCCAUUGGAGCUGCUGGACUGGUGCUGGGACUGGUGGUCUGUGCUGCUGGACUGCUCUACUACAGGAAGUCGUCUCAAGGGUGGAUGAUGGCUCCUGUAAGAACAGCCUCUACUUCAUGACCUUCUUCAUGUUCCUCUUCAUCCUCUAAUGCAUCACUGGCCUAGCCUGACCAGCCAGAUCCACAUCAAGAUGUAGGGUCUGGGAUCUCACCGUAAGCAGGGCUCAAUCAAUAAACAGUUGUCUUUCAAAUUCCCUCUCCGCAAUAGGAUAACGCUAAACGAAUCAUCGUCUUGUUCUCAAGUAGCAGGAUGCGUAACCUUCCCUCUCCACACAAGGAUAUCGCUAAACAAAUCAUCUUCUUGUUUUCAAAUAGCAGGAUGCGAUGCAACUUCUGGUCGCAUGUCAGUCACAAGGCCUCCUCACUGGCCUCCUUACAGCUCAUUGUUGAGGAUUAUUUCAUCAUAGUUCUAAGAUUUUGUGUCUCUUAAAAAUGUACAAUUAGAAAUGCAAUUAGUAAUACAAAACUGUAAUUUCAAAUGUGUAAUCAAUGGUAUGUAAUGAGAUUAGUUUGAACUAAGAUGUGCAACACAGUUUUUUUUUUUACCAUAUAGAUUUUGUGUUUUAGUUUAUACAGUAUACUGUAUAUAGAAAAUAAUGUUCCACAUACUAGCUGUUAGAGUGACUUCAA